AUGACGCAUGCUCUCAUUGCCAAGAAAAAAUUGGGUUUCAUUGAUGGAUCUAUCAAAAUGCCAUCAUCCACGGAACAGCCAACCGAAUUUGAAAAAUGGAACCAAUGUAACAGCAUGAUACUCUCAUGGAUAUCUCAUUCAGUCGAACCUGAUAUAGCAUCCGGCCUCAUGAAUGCCGAGACAGCCAAACAAGUGUGGGAUGAUCUUCGGGAUCAGUUUUCUCAGAAGAAUGCUGCUGCUAUAUUCCAAAUCCAAAAAGCAAUAGCAACAAUCACUCAGGGUACAAUGUCCGUGGCAGCCUACUACAUCAAAAUCAAAGCUUUGUGGGAUGAAUUAGAGAUUCAUCGUACACCAGUGACUUGCAAUCGCACCAAUGAUCACCAGACCGAAAGAGAGGAGGAUAAAUUGAUGCAAUUUCUCAUGGGGCUCAAUGAUCCUUACAAGAUUGUGAGAUCCAACAUAUUGCUGAUGAAACCAUUACCCAACGUUCGUCAAGCAUACUCCAUGAUUAUUCAAGAAAAAACCCAGCAACAGAUUGGUCCAAGCAUCACUGAGAAUUUCUUUGUAGCAGCUGUCGUUCAGAGUCGGUCAGUCACACAAAAAGGUGCUAAAGAAAAAUUUUGUGAACACUGCAACAGGUCAGGCCAUAAUAUUGAUGAGUGUCGCAAGUUAAAAUAUCAUUGCAAAUUUUGUGACAAUAGUGGGCACACAGAAGAUCGUUGUCGACUCAAAAAGGCUAACCAAAAUGCUAGAUCCAUACAAUCUAGCAACAAUCGAACUGGGGGACGUUCAGCCAAUGCUGUUGAAACAACAAUUGGGGGAGACAAUAGUACGGAAAGCUCCGGAUUUCCAGUUAAUUUUACCAAUGAACAAUUGCAAAAAUUAGCACAGCUUUGUGAUGAUUAA